UCCUGGGUCAACGUGGAAGACACGCAAAUGUGUUUGUUUUGAAAUUGUACGGUCAUUCAAGAUCGCUAUACAUGGUCGCCACUCGUCGUAGAAAAUGUUAUAGGUCGUAAGAUUGGUGUUUGUUUUUAGUACCAUGAUGCCAGGAGACAGCCAGCCCAAGACUGUAGCAAUUGCCGCCGACGCGACUUCUGAAAACUGUCAAAAUUGCUCCGUUUUGCACCAGAGUUUGACAGAAUAUGUGUCAUCAUUUCUGGCACUCAAGCAAAAGAUCCUCGUUUCGGAUGACCCAAUCCGGCUGAAACAACAGCUGGAGGAGCUUCAGAUUCAAUUGGUUGCUUUGAAGAAAAAGACAGAAGAUUAUGAAUCUGUGCGAGCUGAAUUGGAAGAAAAAACGAGGAUUCUUGUCGGCUAUGAACAUAUGUCUGAAGAAGUCGAGAAGUUGAAGCAAGAAAACAAUAAUACACUGACUGAGAAUCGGAACCUUGAUGACCGCCUAAAGGAUACGAAAGAGCGCAUGGAAACUCAGUCUCUUGAAAAUGCACUACUGAAGAGGGAAAAGGCCACGUUAGAAAAUGAUUUACUGAAAGCACAAUUAUCCUUGCAGAAAUCUCGAGAAAAGGCUGAUGAACUCGAAAAACUGAAAGAGGAUCAUGCCAAGACAACAAGCAUAAAAGAUAACCUUGCAAAUAAGCUUGCCCGGCUAGAAGAAUCAUUUUCCCAAAAGAAUAAUCAAAUAACCCAGCUUACUAAAGAGAAGAGGCUGCUGGAGAGAAACAUGUAUGACUUCCAGGUAAGAAUUUUAAAACUGGAGAAAGAAAGAAAUAAAGAAUAUAGGAGCGCAUCAACUCAAGUAAAACCACCUCCAGAACAAAAAGUUGACAAAGAAAAGGUUCGGAUGCUUCUCCAACAUGUGUGGGCUUGUGUAGAACCUCAACACCAGCAAUCAGCUAACUUGUUGCACUUACAUGAAUUCAACUCCAAUGCCAAGCAAUUACUGACCACUUCUACCCCAAGCGCACACACUCCUCAGAAGGUCGAAUCCCAGAUCCCUUUCAAUAGGGUCAGGGAAAUCCAAAAAUCCCCCAUCCAGACAAAAUCUACUAACACAACAUUGAAAGCCUCGCCAUCUGUGAAGAAAACCGAGAAACAAACAUCUCCACAGCUAACAGGGGGCACAAAGCAAAAACAAAAACCCUCCCCAACAAACAACAAGCACUUCUCCAGGGAAGACAAACCAAAGGACCCUUCUGACACAGCCAGUCCAUAUGAGAUAUUGGAAUGGUUUAAGCCAUUGCGUCCUUGCCUAUCUCCACUAUCGGAUACUGAAAAAGGAACCGAGUCUAUGGAGACCGAGCAGAGAGAAACGCAAAACAAUGGCCCACCUGGCAAACACAGAUUUCAUCUUAAUGAAGAGGAGUUGGUCCUUUCAACUCUAAAACCUCCUUCACCCAUAGUUGAGGAAAAUACAGGCUUGUGUGAUGUCACAACACAAGAAAUGGAAUUCUCUUCUGGUGUACAAGAGUCUACUAUUACCAUUACCACAGAGCUGAAGACUGAAAGGCAUAAUACAGAUGGUGAGAAAAUUCAGAUUGGGGAGCAUACAUUGGAGCAAUUGGUAGUCUUCCCUUCAUCAGAAACCACAGUUCCGGUUCAGAAUGCCCCAUCGAGCACAGUUGGUAAGGAGCCAAGCUAUGUGGAACCUCUGAGUAGUCGUGCAACAGGUAUCAUCCAAGAAACUGUCCCCUGUAAUGCUGCAGAUUCACAAGAAGAAGCUGAAGUAGAGCCAAAAAAUGAUGAGUCAGCAAUUAUUGGCGAGACGAACAUCAAUGAAAUCCAAGCCACUGUUUGUGAGGACUCUCCUAAAGCAAGUAACUUGGUGGUCAAGAAGAAAGAAGUGGAUGUGCACUCAGUUACUUGCAUCAACUCCGGGCAGAUCAAAGAUAAUUCCGAUACGGAACAUGCAUCUGAAAAUGAGAAUAACAAUCAGGACUCAAGCUGUGUUGCACCAGGAGCUCAAGAAGGCAUAGUCUUACAUCCCCACGAGAAUGCAGCGCACCAAGGAGAAUACUCAAAAAUGCAACAGGACAAACGGUGUAUAUCAAACUGUGACACCAAUAGUAAUGUCGCCAGUACAGAAAGUGUAGACAGAGAAGAAAAGGAGGCAUUCCCUUUCACAGGCAAAAUGGAGGAAGAAGCCCAGGAAACUGCCAGAGGUAAUGGAGCGGUUUGUCCCGGCGAUCCAAGUAGCAUUACAGUGUCACCUUCAAUGUCGAGGAUUAAUAAUACAGAUGAAACCAUUGUGUACCAUAUACCUUGUGUAACAACAAUUCCAAUGACUGAAGACGCAUUGUGUGAAAAAUACAAAAAAUCUGAUCUUGGGAUUUCUCUUCAAGACACAACAUUCAAGUCUAACUCUUCUAAAGAAAAGACACAUUUGCUAUGUAGUCAGUUGAGUCCUUCUCAUCUGAUACCCAAUGCAAACAAAGUUUGCGCAGCCAAACUAAAACCAGAAGAAAUUCACACUAAUGUAAAUGGCAAAUACCUUUCAAACAACAAAAAACCCACACAGGCAUUGACAAAUUUAGAGAAGGAAGGGGUUGUAGUCAAAGACUCAACUCAGGACAUUUCUUGUGAUGGGCAAGCAGUCAGCACUAUUAAACAGACUGCUGCAGAAGUGAAUGGACAAGAUAAAUCUCAUUUGUCCACUGAAGUGCUUGAUAAACGAAAUCACGACGUAAUCAUAGGAGGGGCUUCCACAGCUGGCUCAGAGACAAGUGCAACUGAAGCACCCACUUUGUCGCCGGAGUCCAUAGGCCAAGUUCGCACUGAAAUGGGUCCUCCACUCCCUCCUGUCAUCACCCCUUUGAGGACGCCUCCAAAAGCAGGAAAACCAAUCAGUCCACGGCAGGCCAUUGGAAAGCUUUCCUUUCCCUCCCCAGUGGGUAGAUUGGCUUCUCCUUCCACUCCAGUUCAGACCCCUGUGACUCCCAAUAGUCAGAAUGCAGGUUCAUUAACUCUCAGCAGUCCCAUUCCCACUAAUGGAGUCCCCUCAUCACCUCUUCAGUUUGGCUCUGCCACCCCAAAACAUGCUGUGCCCGUCCCAGGUCGCCUGCCUGCUGCAGUAAAUUCAUCACCCUCCGCAGCCUCCUGUCCAUCUCAGGAAAAUUCAGUGAGGAUUCUGGAUAGCAUGUACCCAGAACUUUCUGCACGUGCCCGUACACUGAGCAUUCUUAGGGGGAAUCUCAGCAUCAGUUCUUCAGAAAGCAGAGCCUCACCCCAAACCACUGACAGUCAGAUGUCGAGUUUUAAAACAAUUUCUUCGUCAUCAACUGUUUUCAUCAAGGCUGAGAUGAGAGGAGAAAAACGACCUGCCGCUGACUUGCCUCAGCCUAAAAACAGCAAGUGUCUCCGGCUGGACAGCACCUCUCCAGGUGACAUCCACAAAGUGGCACCUCCCUUCUCGACCAACAGUGGAGAGGAGUCUGCAUCGCCUCAGACUCCAAAGCUCAGUCAGAUUGAAAAUAUGAAAAACGAUCCAUCAAUCAAGGAUGAAGAACCUGUUGAGGAAAAUACUAUUGUCUGCCUUUUGAAGAGAAUUGAAAACCAGGCCUUUGACUUGUUGCCUGUAAUCCAGAGCUACCUGUUUGUCGGUAAACUGCCCAAAAAACCUGUCCUGAGAGAUGAGGAGAAGGAAGUCAUCUCAGAGAUUUGUCAGAACAGCUUGGCAGAUGAUAUGAUGUUGGCCAUCUUGAACAAACUCAAGACAGAGAAGAGUGGCCUCUGUAAAAAAUAUAUGCAGGCCCUCUGCAGAGUCUACACAGCCAUCUGUCGACAGAAGACAGACUUUGAAAAGGCUCAUAUCCUGGCUUACAGCUUGCUAGUAGAAGAUUUCCCAGACUGCUCCAAGCUGAUUUUGUUUAUGGUGACAACAUGGCCCAGUGUUUUGUCUCAUAGCAGCCUCCUGUGCCGAGCCGUACACACAGUCACCAAACUUAAAGCAACUCAUGAUCUCUCCAAGUGCCUCUCAGCAUACCUUGGAUGGGAAAAGAGUCCCCCCUGUGACAUCGAUGUGCUAAUCGCCAGAACACUCUCGGACAUGCGAUCAUGUCCAGGGUUGUCUUUCACUAAACACAGUCGGUACGGUGACGACCUGGGAACGGAGGUUUGGGAGCAGGUUUUCACUAUGCAUCUCCUCUGUGCACACAAGUCAUGGAAGUGGAGCUAUGAUAAUAUCUUGAGUAAAGAGUUAUGGCCCAUGAUGAACACUUGGGUGUCACAGUCCCGAGACCAGCAAGUUCCCAUCUCAAACGUGACUGUAGCAGCUGUCCUCCGGCUCAUUGGGCGCCUUGGCCAGCUGGGAAUCAAAGAGAAAAGCAUUUCUUCGGUGUUAACAAUCGCCAAUGUCAUCAAUACAUUUGGUAGGCACGGCCAGAGUGAAGGUGUGCCAUGGCAGGUGCAGUUAGCAGCCGUGUACUGCAUCCACGACCUGUCUCCAUGCAAUCCCAAAGAAGCCCUGGAAGCGCUUGCAGAGUGGCGAGGAGAAGCAUCACAGACCGUUCCCCCUGCUGUCACUAGCUGCAUUAACCAGCUGGCCUCUGUCUGCAGGCAUGCCAAAAAUGAGUGAUGCAUACUUCAGGAAGUGCAAUUAUGUUGCACCUCUCCAAAAUGAUUUACAGUAAUGCUCAUUUCGCACAGCUUCUGUUGGAAGAGGUCAUUUAAGUUACCAACUAACUUAUCAAUGCUAUCUCUGAGGGAGCUACAAAAGAGCACUUGCUUUAUAUAAUGUUGUGACCUGAGCCUUGCUGUGCCAGUUUACUCACUCACAGCCUUGUAAGAGCUGUUUUGAGAAGUUGUACACCCCCUCCAGUCAUGUCUGGACAUUCUGUUGAAUUAAGAAUUUGUUAUGUGUAUGUCUACUCUGAAAUGAAGAAAAUGUAAUGGCAAAUGCAUAAUGAUUUUUUUUAUUUUCUCAGCUAAACUAUUUUAACAAUUCAUACCCUGUUACAAAUACGGACACACAGCCAUUAUGUUAUGCUCAGGUAAUAUUUUAAAUUACUCUUAAUGGUCGUGUUUUGCUUUGACUGGGGUGUUGUUGGAAAUGUAGCUUGUACUGUAAAUAUAAAUUGUGUCUGUCAAAGAAAAACAAGUCCACACCACAGUAAAUGUACAGUUUCAGAGAAUAUUUAUUUUUACUAUUAAAAUUUCUACAUAUUGAACAUAAA